AUGAAUUUUUGGGUGUGGUGUUUGCAUAUAACACUCAAUCUGUUCCUUCAGUUCUCAUCUUUGGCUCUCAAUUUCGUGCACUUCUUGCUUCCCUUAAACUCCAGAAACACCAUGUCAGACAUCCAGAAAGCAAUGGCUAUGCUGAUUGCAGCCUUUCACAAAUACUCAGGAAAGGAGGGAGACAAAACCACCCUGGCCAAAGGCGAGCUCAAGGAACUGCUCACAGCAGAGCUGGGCGACAUCUUCGGGGAAACUAAAGACAAGACAGCUCUGGACAAGAUUUUUAAGGAUCUGGAUGCAAAUGCAGAUGGCACUGUGGACUUCCAGGAGUACGUCACCUUGGUCGCCUGCAUCACUAUGCUUUGCAAUGAGUUUUUCACAAAAAAAUGAUCUUGUCCUUACAGAAAGGGUUUAUCUGUAAAGCUGUGGUGUAUCUGAAACCAAGAAUAAAGGUUUUUAAUGUUUUGAAUUAAAUCUGUAUUCUUA